AUGACGACCGAACUUCCAAAGACCAUGUUCGCUUGGAGAAAGCACAGGGGAAACCCGGAGCCAGUUUGGGAGGAGGUUCCGGUUCCCCGAUGUCCUCCCAAGGGGAUGUUAUGCAAGAUGUUGGCAUCUGGAGUUUGCCGCAGCGACCACUCCCUUCUCACGCUCGAGAAGCAGGCUGGCUGGUUCCAGGAAAAAUACAUUCUCGGACAUGAAGGAUGCGGCAAGAUUAUCCAAAUUGGUGAUCAGGUUGGAGAAACAAAGUUCAAGCUCGGAGAUAUCGUCGCUCUCCACGGUGUGCCUGGGUGCGGCCAGGAGGACUGUCCAGAAUGCUCUCGGGAUCUGCACCAAAUUUGCGAGCGUGGCCAUCACUCUGGUAUCGGUCAGGAUGGAUUUUACGCCCCGUACGCAGCACUUGAUAUCCGCGGUGCCGUCCUGGUCCCCGAAGGUGUGACCCCUGCUCAAGCCGCCGUGGCAACAGAUGCAGUGAACACGGCUUUUCAUGCCAUCACCAGGAGAGGCGAGGUCAAAAAGCAUGAGACCGUCUUCCUCUUUGGCCUUGGAGGGCUCGGCUUUAAUGCCCUCCAAGUGGUCCUCGAUAUCGGAGCUCGAAUUAUCGUGUGUGAUAUUAGGCAGGAGUGCCUUGAGGAGGCCGCUAAGCUCGGUGUCCCUAGGAGUGAUAUCGUUCCUAUCGGAAAGUCGCCUGUUGAGUUUGUUGAAGAAAAUGACUUGAAGAUCGACACUGUCUUGGACUUUGUAGGAACUCAUCAGACUUUCCACGAUGCACAAGAUAUCGUGAGGCGAGGUGGUAAGCUCCUCUGUAUUGGAAGUUUGAACCCUGAGAACACCAUCCGCAUGAAGGUUGGGACUCGGAAGAGGUUAAGCUAUAUCUUCUCCUACGGCGGCCAGGUCCGGGACCUAGAGCAGGUCCUUGAUCUCAUCCAGAGGAAGGUAAUCCAGCCUCAGGUGCAGGAGGGCAAACUGCGGGACUUUCCUACUAUUCUCAAGUCGCUAUGUGAAGGGCAAUUUACUGGCCGGAUGGCCUUGACUCAAUACGAGUAA